AUGUCUCUCUCUAUUUAUUACAUGUCUUCCUUUCUCUCUUCUAAAACGUCUCUCUCUAUUUAUUAUCUCCCUUUCUAUCUGUUAAAAGGUCUUUCUCUAUGCGUAGUCUUCCUUGCUGUUUCUAGAUGUCUCUUUAUUUAUUACUUGUCUUCCUUUCUCUCUUCUGAAACGUCUAUCUCUAUUCCUUAUCUUCUUUUCUAUUUACUAAUUGUCUUCCAUUUUAUCUUCCUUGUCUUCUCUCUUCUAAAACGCCUCUCUAUUUUAUCUUCUAUCACGUCUCUCUCUAUUCGUUAUUCAUUACUCUCUCCUUGCUAUUAUCCUUCUUUCUCCAUUGCUGGCCAAUUUUAUUCAUUGUCUUCCUUUCUAUUUUUUAAUAUGUUUCUCUAUUCACUGUCUUCCUUGCAAUUUUCUAACAUAUCUCUCUUUAUUCAUUGUCUUCCUUUCUAUGUUUUACAGCGUUUCUCUCUAUUAUCUUUCUUUCAAUCUACUAGCACGUCUCUCUCUCUCUCUCUAUUCAUUGUCUCCUUGUCUUUCUUGCUAUUUUCUAACAUGUCACUCCGUAUUUAUUACUUGUCUUCCUUUCUCUCUUCUAAAACGUCUCUCUCCAUUAUCUCCCUUUCUAUCUGUUAA